GCUGAAGUCUGUGAGCCUGGAAAGAUCUUCAGCAGUAAUCUCCAAAUUCCAAAAUGACCACCCUGCCCCCCGUGCCCAUGCCACGCCCGAAGCUGGCGUCCUUAGCCAGACAGAAGCUGCCAUGCUCCCCCAGUACGAUUCCAAGGUCUCAAUUGAUCAAAGAAAAAGAUGGCUUAGAUCAUUAUCUGGAGGUGAAUUUCAAAGGAUUGUCGAAAGAAGAGGUUGCUGCUCACCGGAACUCGUACAAGAAGACCAUCUGUGUGGAUAUGCUGCAAAAUGGUUAUCAUAAGUCCUUUACUGAGCUCUUCGCUCUGAUGGAGAAGUGGGAUGACCUGAGGGAGGCUGCGAGGGUUCGGUCCAUCUUCUGGCUGCAGAGACCCCUGGAGGAGCAGCCUGAUAAGCUGGAUCAUUUCUACUACUACCUGACCAGGGCCGAGGUGGCUGAAAGGAAAGAAUUCUUUGAAGAUGUCUAUAAUAACUUGUAUGCUCUGGCCUGUUACUUCAAUCAUAUUGAAGACAAGUGGGUAAGGAACCACUUCUAUGAACGAUGUUUCCAGAUUGCUCAACUGAUCAAAGUGGACGGUGGGAAGAAAGAAGCCGAGGCGCAUGGGCUCAUGGGACUUCUCUUCGAGGAGGAAGGUCAGCUUCUGGAAGCUGCCGAGCAUUAUGAAGCAUUCCAUCAAUUGACACAAGGGCGGAUAUGGAAGGAUGAGACAGGCCGCUUUCUCAACUUGUUGGCCUGCGAGAGUCUCCUGAGGAUUUACAGAUUACUCGCAGACAAAAUGCUGGAAAAUAAAGAUUACAAACAGGCCAUCAGAAUUCUAAUAAAAGCUUUUGAAAUAACCCAAGAAGGAAACAACAAAAAGAUGGAAGGAGAAGCUUCCUAUUACUUGGGUUUAGCAUACUUGGCUGCUGGAGAGUAUGAAACAGCAUUAACAGUCCUUAACACUUACAGUGAAAUCUCUACAGACCUGGAUGAUGAGCUCGGCCUGGGGAGAGCCUAUGAAGCCAUCGCCAAAGUCCUGCAGAGCCAAGGAGAGAUGACAGAAGCCAUUAAAUACUUGAAGCAAGUUGUGAAAAUUUUAAGAAACAAUUUUCAAUUCCUAGAUGCUGUGAAAGCAAGUACAAUGCUUGGUGAUAUCUACAAUGAAAAAGGAUACUACAACAAAGCUUCUGCAUACUUUCAGCAAGCUUUUGACACAACAGCAGAGCUAAUAAACAUUCCUCUGAUGGAAGAAACAAAAGUUCAUUAUGGAAUAGCAAAAGCUCAUCAGAUGAUGCAGACAGUUAACAAUUAUAUAGAAUCUGCAGAUCUCACCAGCCUCGGCUGCCUGCUGUCAUGGAAGGAGAGUAGAAGUAGCAUCAUACCUGAUCCAGUUAUUAGAGAGUUAAGAAGAGCCACAAUGGCAAGUUUAUAUGAAACCUCAGAGCACUUGGAAGAACUCAAUGGAUUUCCAGAUACUGUCCAAAAAAAUGAGACUUAAGCCAGCUUUUGACUCAGCAGCAAAGCAAGAAGAAAUUUAUCAUGUCACUAGAGUCUUUGAUACCUGUGCUAGGAGUGUGUUGCCAAUAAUACAGAUAGAGUUAUCAUAAAACUAUGACUAUGUUUUCAGUGGAUUUCGUAUUGCAGUAUGCUACUACAAAUUUAGUCCAAAACAUCUAAAUCCAUAAAAUAAAAUAUAUCACAAAUGAUUGAAUAUUAACAAUUAUCCAUAAAAUAAACUAAAAUUUUUCCUCUUAUCCACUAUUCCACAAGAAAUAGUGCUAUCAUAGAAUCAAAAUUUGGUUUUGUGUAAUGAGAAAAUAAUUAUAAACUUAAGGAAAUCUAUGCUGAAUAAAUGUGGGAAAAUAUUUACUAAAGUUCCAGGGAAACUUUUCUGCAUAGAUAAAAAGAUUAUAAGCAAUAAUGGCCAUCAUAUUGAUAAGUACUGUUCAAAACAGUUUGUUUUACCUAUGUGAAGGAAAACUCUGUUUUCUCUACUCACACCAUUUCUGGUGCCACAUGUGUGUUUUUCCACACUAAGCAAUUCUCCAAUUCUUGGCAGACAUUGACUGGGUACCUUAUAAUUUAACUUAUUUCUGACACUAACUGCCAGAAAUUAGCACAGACCCCAUAGAUCAAAGGAUCAGAUAGUUCCACAGGACUGUCCCCACUUCAGACGCCAAUGGCAAGUCCCAAGUUGUCAUUUGUAUUUCUGACUGACAUGGCUACAAAUCAGGGAUUCUCUCCUCUCCUCGGGUCCAAUAAUUUGCUAGAAGGGCUCACAGAACUCAGGGAAACACAUGCUUACAUUUCCCAGUUUAUUAUAAAGGAUAUAAUAAAAGACAUAACUGAACAACCAAAUGGAAGAGAAGCAUAGGGCAAGGUAUGGGAGAAGGAGCACAGAACGUCCAUUCCAUCCCCAGGCAUGUCACCAGCUCAAAAGCUCUCUGAAUCCUUCCGGUUAGGUGUUUUGUGGAGGUUUCAUUACCUAGAGACAAUUGAUUAAAUCUUGGCCCAUUAGUAAUUUACUCAGCCUGCAACGCCUCUUUCCUCCCCCAGGUCAGUGGAUGGGGCUGAAAGAUCUAAUCCUCUAAUCACAUAGUUAGCUCCCCUAUCAACUACCCCGCUCCGCCCACCUACCCCAACCUUAGGGCCUUUCCAAAAGUCACAUCAUUCAUGUAACCUUAAGUGUGGUUGAAAAGAACUUAUUGUGAAUAACAAAUAGCCUUUAUUACUCCAGAGCUAUUUCAGGAAUGGGGGGAAAAAAACAAGUAUCAUAACACUUUAUGCUCCUUUCACCUUUAUCAUUCUGGAGCUGUUUCAGGAGCCUGGAGCAAAAACUAAAUGUUAAUUGAUUAUAUUACAUUAGGAACUCUGCCAGGUGCCAGGGACAAAGACCAAAUAUGUAUUUCUUAUUAUAUCACAGCAUUACACUGUAUAAAAUUAUAUUUUGUGAUACUUUUAGCUGAUAGUAUAUAAUGUAACUUAUCCAUGUCAAUUUACAAAAAAUUAAGAAAAUCCUUGUCUUAGGCUCUUUCCCGAAUGUGUCUGACAAAAUGAGAGGACACAGCUGAAAUGAUUAUGUGUAUAAUUUCUGGAG